UCCAUUUGUCCACAGAUGCAGUGAAAGCCUCUCUUUGGCUUCACACUCUGCUUGAUAACAGGAAUCAGAGAAACACUGACUCUAUUACACUCACAUCUGCUGACGGAGGGCUGGGAGUUCCUGUCCUACCCACACCUCACCCUCAUGUAAUUGAUAACCUGGCUGUGCAGCGUAAUGACAAUGAUGAAAAACAAUCUCAAGGCAAGGAUGAAAAGGGGAUUUCAAACCUUGGAAGAAAUGAGUAUCUGUUCAGUACUUUGCCAUCCAUCUUCCAAAACAAUACAGCAGAAGAUUCAGUAAGAGGAAACAUCAUGACAAACUUGUGUUUGACCUGCCGGAAAGAUCGAAGAGAGGUGUCCACUGAGAAACCUGUGGCUCUGCCUCCACUGUCACCUGAUGGCUCCUCAGACCCUCUUAGUAGAGACAGUCUUCCUUUAGAUUUCAAUCAAUUUCCAACCUCAUUACAGAGUUUACAGCAACAGUCAAUUGGACAACGAGAAAAAAUACUGAGCAAAGACAAAAGUCACCAAAACAUUACCAUGCGGUCCAGUGUUAGUGUGACGGAAAAAAUGGUUCACCAUCAGACAUUUCCUCCUUCAUCCUUCAGUAAAACUGUAAAUCAUAGUCAAAGCACUUUGAUUAAUUCCCAUAUCAGAUCUUUUUUCUCAGAUACAGGAACAGCUGAGUUUGACACACGACCUCAUUCUGAGAUAUCGUCAGAAUCACAAAAAGACACCAAGAAACAAUCAGGGCACACCUAUCCUAGUGAAACCUUUGUUGCAGAGAGACCGAUCUCAACAACCACGGCACUUUAUCACUCAUCAAAGUCACUUUAUACUGUAAGGAAAUCGGUAAAAAAUGGAGAUCAAGAGAUGUUCGGUAAAGAGGUGAGCAUCAGGGACACACAGUCAAAACUAAUCUAUUUCAGUAAGAAUAACAACGAUGCUUCAAACCGUCCCACUGUAAGAAAUAUGCUUGGCAUCUCUAAAGCUCCCCAAAACAGUCAGAAAAGUGUUCUUCCAGAAGGUAGUGAUCACAGCACUGCAUCACAUCCAACUACAAGAAUGAGUUUGAUUGAAGCCCAUAGUGUAAUUACACCCUUCAGACUUAGUAAGCCAAACACUUCUGCAGUCGAAAAUCCUGAAUCUCUCUCUCUGACAGGAAGAGCAGAUUCUUUGAACUCUGUAUUUAGUGGCCAAAUGCCUGUUAAACCAAGCUCUCACAAGAAAGAGCCCAUAUUGACUUUGUUACCUGGGGAUUCUUCCAUCAAAUUUGCAACUAUAACCACAGUGAGACAACUGACAGAUAAGCAAGAUCCUCAUACGCCUAGCACUGUAAACAGCAUGAUUAAACAGGCUUCUGUUCAUCCCUCAGGAACGGUGAACAUACCAGUUAUGGAAAAAACACCUACUCCAACCUUCACAAUGAAAAAAGUCGUUGUGCCUGGGAAGUUGUUUCUCUCAGAAUCAAGACAGGACUUUGAUGAUUAUGUUUCCAUGUUGACAACGCGAUCAACAAAGUCAUUCUCUGAGAGUCUGACAAUGAGCAGACUUUUAGGGAGUCAAUCAAAAAUCACUUUUGAUGUUGGAAAUGAUAACCGUGUGGCACCAACACCCCAGUCUUUUGUAAAAUAUAACAGGGAUUUAAUCAGAGAGUCACUAAUAGUACACAAUCUGAAGCUGGGAGAUAGAAAUGAGCAGAUGGUGACUGUAGUCGCCAAAUAUGAGGACAAAGAAAUUAAAGACAUACAAAAGUUGCAACAAAAACAGGAGACAAGGAAUGAUGAAAAGUUGGGGAACAGAGGAGAGGAAUUACUUAGAUCAGAUAAGACUGAAAGCAGUAAACAAGAAAAGAUAAUUACUACUGUGAUAGCGAUAAAUCAAAAUGCAGGCAGAGAGGAGGACAAAAUGAAACAACACGAGGCCAAGACAAGUAGAGAGGAAGAUGGAGGUCGAAAAGACGAAGAUCUAAGACAAGUGGAAAUAAUGGACAAAGAAAAAGCUAAAAGAAAUGGUAUGACUGAAACAAAUACAGAGAAUACCAGCAGAGAUGGAGAAAACAUAACCAAGGAUGAGGAGUCUAUAGCUGAAAAGCAGAGAGUGUCUUUGACAGAGGAGGGAGAAGAGGCUGGAAGAAAAGUUACAGUGAACAAGGAAGACAUUAAACAAACGACAUAUGUUCCCUUUGGAUAUACUACUAAUUCUAAAGAACGUAACAGAGAUGAAGGGCACACUGUUACAAACCUGUCCUCCGGCCACAGUUUGAUUAAACAGUUGGGAGCCACUGAGCACAGUGGCAUUCAUCUGGAUGAAAAAAAAGCAGAAAUAGUGGAAAUGAAAUAUAUGCCAUUUCCCUACAAAGUGACAAGCAAUCACAGACUACAACACUCAACUCUGGGAUCUGAGAGCCCGGAAGUGUCAAGAAUGACAUCUCUUCUUAAAGAGUCACACACACAAAUUAAACCUCAUUCGUCAAGCCACAGGGCCAUGCUUACAACGCGUGAGGCAACGGCUUCACUUACUAAAGAAAGUACUCGGAACAAAGUUGUUGAGGCUACAUUUUCUGUGACUGUCAUUCCGAAAACGGACCCAAAGCCAUUUAAAGUUAGCACUUCAAAAUUUCACGGAACCUUGAAGCCAAUUGCUGCACAUCAGAGUGAAACUAAAUCAGCUCACUCUGAACUAAAGAGUAUUAGUAAUAUGUUGUCACUCACCACCCCACGAUUGGCAAUCACAAGCGGGUUGCCGAGUGCUAAGCCCCACUUUACAGUAAAUAGUUCUACUCUCAAUGUAUCAAUUAUUUACAGCAUCUCAGAUCACAGGCAUAAAUUUAGUACUUCAGUUUCGGAGCCAAAUUCACUUUUACGGACCACGAAUGAGGGCGAGCGAGUGGAACACAUUAUACCAGCACAUGUAUUUGAAUCCGGUGUCAAGGACCAUUUAACCUCAAACAUGAAUGAAGAAGUAAAUAUAUCUACUUCAGUGAAUCUGUCCCAGCGGAUGUAUAAUGACUCAUCUACCAGGCCACCCACAGCAGCAGCCUUGUCAUCUGAGGCCCACAUGUCCAAUGGCCAGCAACAGCCUCACCAAGGGCAGUCUGCCCCUGAGAUAAGUCAGUCCUCCUCCUCUUUUGACAUGACUUCAGGCCAGCCGUGCUCAUUUAAAUUGUCAGAGAAGACAGCCUGUUCAGAUGUUUUGCAUGCUCCUGCUGCUGAUAACGAGCAGAGAUCUGUACAGACCCUAAUGGCAUCAAUGAGCCCUAAAGCAAAAAACAAUCAAUUUCCUCUCAGCAGCAUGUCACCACUGCUAAAUCUCAUGCUGUUUGGAGGUGACAGUUUACCUGGCACCUAUAGCCCGACGAGGCUAACAAGAUCAACCUCAGAAAAAGAAAUAUUGAGGGCAAACUCCAACGCUGUAUAUGCAAAUAGUGGACGUGCCCAUGCUGAGUCCUUGUUAGGGACUGCUGAUGAGACAAAUCAAAUUGAGGAGAAUGACAGUGUGCAAACUAUGGUGACCUUUGCGGUGAAACAUUCAGAUGCAAUCACAAAGCAAAUGGCAGAGAACAGUGAUGAGAACAACAGUUCCUCUUUUAUAGCACAAACAAUUGGGAGGAGUAAAUACCAUGCUAAUAACGCUGAUGAAUUCAACUCUUUGUCUUUAAUACAGACUGAGAAACCAGCGGUAAAAAACACUAACAAGAAUAACCACAGUGACCCGUCCAACAGUGCAGUGAAAACAACCCUCCAAAAUAUUCAUCAUCUGUCCCAGUUAGAAGGUGAUAAAGAAACAAAUACUAUCACAUUUGCAUUUGAGACCGCCCACAAGAUUGUGCAGGCAUCAAAUGAGCAUGUUGCGCCUGUUACAAAUGAUUUUGCUACACCUGUGCUUGAUGCAAAUGAUCAAGCUGGCACCACAGUAUUUGUUGAGUCAGACAGUCAGCCUGAAAUACCCAAAAUACAGACUAAUGAUGUGACUAACAAUACUAUUUAUGAUAUGGAGCAUCAUGCAGCAAAAGCACCUGAAAAGCAACAUGAUCCCUCCACACCACAUGGCUCUGUCAGCACUCUGCCUGUUGGAAUUGACCUUAAGGUCCCCAAUAUAUCCACACAGCAGAUUUCUGACCGGAUAUUGAAUAUUACCUCUCAAUUCCAGAUGACCACUACUAGAACCAAUGAUUAUGUGUCUUUGGCACCAACUGCUAGCAUAAGCGGUCUUAGAGUGUCCACAGAAGCUCAUGAAUCAGCAGUGACCACUAGUGAGAAUGUGCAAGCUGUUAUUGAAAAGUCAUCUCAGGCUGCACAUGCUGAGCAUAUGGUACACUCCAAUAGUCAUACUGAGGCUUUGUCACUGAGAGAGCCUCCCUCAGCUCCCACUAUUGGCAAGCUCACCCCUGCUGUGAAAAGAAAAAACACAACAGAAACACAGAGUGUGGAGCAGCCUGAGCAUGAAAUGUCUGGACAAGUUAUCGAACAAAGCCAGCAUGCCCCACCUGGCAUGAUUGCAAUAAUUCGUCCUAUCAAUGACUCAGAGCUGGGCAUUCAAGCAUCUGUGUUAAAGGCUACCCACAUAGCUGGAGGGGCACAUGAAACAACACCUACUGUGGUUAAAAGAGUUGGAUGCUCAUCAUUUAAAUACAUCAAAACAGCUCUGACAACAAAGAGUGCUUUUGAAGCUUAUUAUGCUCUGUCUAAAAAGACUUUUGCAGCACAUACACUGGACAGUGCAGACAAACAUAAGAAGCAUACAUUACCUGAAAAGACCUCAAUAAGUCAAGUGAUACUUGGAGCUGUGACUGAUUCUGUACCACCUACAGGGAUCUUGCCUCCAGAGAUUAUUAAUAAAACCAGCUGUAAGACAAUUGGCUGUGCUACAUCAGGUGGGACCACUAAAACAACAAUUGGAGCAGGUGAGAUUGAUCAUACCACUCGAGAGAGAAUGUAUAAAACAAAGGCUGAUAGUGGGGGAGAUCAUUUUAAUGCAGUGCAGACUCCUGACACAAAACCAGAGAAUGGCAACUGUGGCACUGACUGUCCUGUACCUGGAAAUACUUCACCACAGGCCACCAACCUCGACAGCACAGCCCUUUCACCAGUCACCACUAAAUCUGAUCAUGUCAUUGUUGAUGAGACUAUGACAAAAAAAGCCAAGAGUAUGACAAAUGGACCCUCAACAAAAACACAGAGAUUACGUGUUGAAACAGAUCAUUUGGCGAGACGUGGGACACCUGAGCAGGCUCAGUUUGUAGAGAAAAAAACACAAAGAAACUCUCACAGAGAGACCUCUGACACUCAGGAGGCUAUUGCAACAGAGGUCACUUUAUCUGAACCUGAAGCAACUACUGUACAGACCACUGAAAAGACUACUGAGCACACACUGUUCACUGAAAAAAAUACAAAAACGCAAUUAAAUAGAGGAACAGCCAAAGCUGAGAUAUUUGAGGCACAAAAUGCCAACAGGUCAGCUCGUAAUAUGGUUAAAGGAGAGAUGGCAGUUCAAGAGUCUGGGCACAGGCUAUUACUGCUGGAGCAGAAGUCUGAAUCAGAGCUACUGAGACUGCAACACAGGAGAAGGGCCUCAUCUCAUCUAUAUCUCUCUGGAGUAACAGAAGUUUCAGAAGACCUGUGUGGCAGUGGGAACUACACCGCAGAGAUGAGUCUGAACCUGGAGAGAGGUGUCGAGCCUGGCGAUGCCGUGCCUGCCCUGGGGAAUCUCAGAGUGGUUAUCAACCUGAAGACAAACAACAGUCAGAUAAACCUUGAGGUCACCUCCUGUUGUCUGUCCCCCACCAUCCAGCCCAACCUCACCAGCUCCACUUGCUGCCUCUUCUCCAGGUUAGCAGCACAGCCAGCUGGGAUCACGCUGCUGCCCAGUGCCCUGUCAACCAGUGCCAGCUUCACCAUCAGUCUCUUCCAAAUGAUUAAUUACUCAGUAGUGUACCUACACUGUGAUCUCAGUGUCUGCCUGAGAAACCACUCUGACUGUGAAAGGCAGUGCCUUCAGCAGAGGAGUGCAUUUCCCUUAGAGGGUCCAGAGGCUAUUGUCACCAAUCUCAGGAAUCGCAUAUCCUUUGGUCCCAUGUUGAAAGAAGUGCAGAAUUCUACCUUCCCGAAGGAUAUAGACCCAUCAGAGCUGGACCUGGUUCUGGUCAUCGUCAGCCUGGUGGUCGGCUCCUCUCUUGUCACAGUUACACUGCUGCUGGUGUGGCUGGCCUACCGUCGCCGGGCAAUCUGGCUGCUCCACUCGGCAGCUCCACCAAGAGCCUGCUGUGGCUGUCUGUGCCGAGGAGGUGACUUGAUCCUACCGUGACCAAGGAGGAACCGCUGCCAAUUACACUGAUCAUGUCCCCACCAAAAUAGCUGCAGACAAUUACAUUAGUCAACAGACAGUGAGCAGUCAAUCAUAUUAGCCAUAGAGCAGAGGCGGCCAGUCGUAUCAGCCGGUAUAGGCCAGACUAGAUGAUGAGGAGCAAUCCAAUUCACACCUCCUCUCAUAGGUGACACAGCUGUUGCAGUCAAAUUUCACACUUAACCAUGAGCAGUCUAUUAUCAUUCACUGAAAAUAAACACCAUCCCCAAAUAGAAAAGCUGCUUUGAUCCUUUUAUUUUCCCUCACUGGCAACAAAUCAAUACUCUUUGUAUCCCACUUUGAGAUUGAUAGCUUGUUAAUACUAGUUUAAUAUAAUGUAUGUUUGUGGCUUGACAGUUAUAUCGAGCCUCUGUGAUGGACUGUUUAGAGAAAAUGUCUCUCAUGGGUUAGCUCAUUUAUUAUUGCAAGAAAACGCACAAGCACCUUCUGCAAUGUUGUUUUUCUUCAUAAAUGUCCAGACCAAAUGACUUGAUCAUCGUAUAGCAUCAUGUAAACAUAAUAUGCCAAUUGAAAAUGAUGUAAAAUAUUUAAUCAUGAAUUCUUAACUGCUAUCUAAUAAUUGAACAAAUAUAUAAAGUAGUUCCUCUACAGAAAAAGAAGCUGAUUUUUCAGUGGUUUUGAUCUCUCUAUCAUGAGGAAUUCUUAAUCAUUAUUGACUCAGACUUAAAUUCAUGCUGUGAAUCUCUGACCUGAAUCCUUAAUCACUGCAUUGAAAUAAUAUACAAUGGAAAAAGCUGUCUCUUAGCAUUAUCUCUACCGUUUUUCUUUAUCCAUUUUUAAGUUAUCAGUGAAACAUUAUUUACUUGCAACAUCGUCAUUAUUUACUUAACAUUGUCAGCACUAUGAUUCAUCAGCCCUCACUAUGUUCAUGUACUAUGUAGGUGCACAAAUCUGCAGAGAGCUAAACCCACUCCCAAUAAAGAUUGA